GAUGUCACACUUGUCAAAUGUCAAAGUUGGAAGAACUAUUUACUCUGAAAGUUGUGCAUUCUUGUGCUUGUGUUUUGUUUAGCAAAAUUUCUUCCAGUUAAAUAUGGCUUCAGCUUCAAUAUAUUGUCAAUUUUGUCAAAAGGCCAAUUUUAAAUACACUUGUCCUAAAUGUAAUGCUUUGUAUUGUUCUGUUGAGUGCUAUAAAACGCCGGAGCACUUGAAGUGUUCAGAAAAAUUUUAUAAAGAUUGCAUACAAGACGCAUUAACCUCGUCCGAGCCUAAUUCACAUGAAGAUAUGAAAAAAAUCUAUGACAUUUUGAGGCGAAUGCAUGAGAGCGAAGCAGGUCUGGGACACGAUUUUAAUGACCCGAUCGAUUCUGAUAACGAAGGGACGGAUGCUGCAGACUGUGAUGAUGAAGAGGCACUGGAUGAAGACGAUGUUGAAGAUAUUGCGAUACGUCUACAAGAUGUUGAUAUUAAUGAUGCGGAUGAAGUAUGGAAUCGCUUGACAUCAGAGGAACGUGCUGAAUUCAAAAAUAUGAUCGAUUGUGGCGAAAUAAUGAAGUUACUGCCCAGUUAUAAACCAUGGUGGGUGAAAUCAAAAAACGCGAAAAUUGUAGAAAUAAUCGGCGACAAAGUGGAUCAACCAGAUACUUUGAAUAUACCUGCUGUUGAAAAAAAUAUUCCAAAAUUUUCUUGUAUUUGUAAAAAGACUCCUUCAAUUUGUAUACAUUAUAAUCUGUGGAAUAUAUUGUGCGCUUAUGGUUGUAUGGUUCGCUACUUUAAUGGCGAACAUUAUACAAGUCCAGCGGAGGCAGUUGUAUAUAUAGUUAAUUUAAGCUUAGUGUUAAAAUUUGGUACGAAUUUCGAGGACGUCGAGGAUGCUAUUGUGUCGGUUGAAAUGGAAGCAUUAACGACAAAAAAUGUCGGCAUAGGCGUAAAAGUGUGCAAUGAAAUUACAUUGACGGGAAGUCGGGAUCAAUUAGAUUCUGAUGCGCGCUUGCUAAUGUCAUCGUGUUAUUACAAACUUGCAGCACUUAGUGACAUAUAUCGACUUCUGGUGUUGGCUAAAAAGCAUCUAAAACAGAAUAAAUCUACAACCAAUAGUGAUUUUUAUAAACUGUUCGCCAUUUGUAAUGGAAGCGUUGAGUUGGAUCGAAAGAAAUUGUUACAUUUAUCGAAGAAAAUCGAAUUUCUUUUGUCCUAUGUAAAUUGCGAUAAUGAGUACCGAUUAGAGUAGUCCAUAUGAAAACACCUUUUUGUAUAUAAUUCAAACUUAAGAACAAAAAUAAUGUGAAUUAAUUAAUAAUAA